UUACGCGUUGCUGCGUUUGCACGCGCUCCACUGAUCUGACCCUUCACCACCAUCCGUCGGGUGUUCGAGCAGGUGACAAGGGUGCUCCGCUCACUCUCUGACAGCGGACAACCUCCAAUCUCUUGUGCUCUGCACUUCGCAAAGAUCUCAGGCUCAACGCACGCUCACAAAUCCCUUCGCACCAUGUCCUUCAGCAAGCUGCGCAACCGCCUGUCCACUUUGGGCGCACCGAAACGCGCGAACAGCACUGCUGCACCAGCUAGCACUGCUGAUACACCCAGUGCGACAGCGACAGCUCCAGCAGUGCCUCCAAAGAGUCCCAAGCCGGCAGCAUCGGCCAAAGCGAACGGCUCCAAGAAGUCGAGCUCGAACAGCAAGGUGGUGGAUGGCAGCGGUGUGGACUAUGAUCCAUCUGUCAGAUCUUUGCAGGGGGUGAAGCCCAACCUCAGGAGCUUGUAUCCCAAGAUUGAGCCAUAUGAGACUGGCAGACUCAAGGUGGAUGAUCUCCACGAGCUGUACUGGGAGCUGAGCGGAAAGAAGGAUGGCUACCCCGUAGUCUUUCUGCAUGGUGGACCCGGUGGAGGCGUGUCGGGAGAUGACCGACGCUGGUUCGAUCCAAAGCACUACCGCAUCCUCACAUUCGAUCAGCGGGGAGCCGGCAAGAGUACUCCCUCCGCCUCCCUCGAAAACAACACCACUUGGGAUCUUGUAGCCGACAUCGAGAAGCUGAGGGAGUUGCACAAAGUGGACAAGUGGCAUGUCUUUGGAGGUUCAUGGGGUUCCACCUUGUCUCUGGCCUACGCCCAGACGCAUCCAGACCGAGUCACUGCGCUCAUACUGCGCGGAAUCUUUACUCUAAGGAGAAGCGAGCUGGAGUUCUUCUACCAAAACGGAGCGAGCCACAUCUUCCCGGAGCUGUUUGCUCCCUAUCGCGAGGAGAUUCCUGAAGACGAGAGGCACGAUAUGAUCGCCGCGUACCACAAACGUUUGACGGGAGACUCUGAUGAGGCUCGCCUGUCAGCCGCCAAGAAGUGGUCAUACUGGGAGCUGGGCACUAGCAAGCUUUACGUCGAUGGUGAAGCGCUGAAACGCGGAGACGAUGAUGCGUUUGCACUGGCAUUUGCACGCAUAGAAUGUCACUAUUUCCAAAACCGGGGCUGGAUCGAGGAUGGUCAGCUGCUCAAGAAAGAGAAUGUGGACAAGAUUCGUCACAUACCCACAGCCAUCGUUCAGGGCCGCUUUGAUGUCGUGUGCCCAUGUAAGACGGCGUUUGACCUCCACGCUGUCUUCCCCGAGGCCAAGUUCCAUCUCGUACCAGACGCCGGACAUUCCGCCAAGGAACCUGGUAUUCUGCACCACCUUGUCAACUACACCGACAAAUUCCGAUCGGUGGGCGCUUCGAGUUGAAGUGUUGCUGAAUCUUUCCGCUCGGUCCUGACCGCCGCCGCUGCAACUUCAUCGAUACUCUCUCGCUUUGCGGCUCAUGCUCACGAUAUAGCUACUGGCGUCUUCCUGGUCUAGACCCUAACACUUUCGGAACACUAGCUGGUCGGAACACUCGCCAGCACCUUCGCUGGCGUAACAAUUGCUGUUGCUAUGAUCCUCAUUCGAAUGACAACCUUUCGACGAUCUCGUCUUAGCGAUGAUCCAA